UCGCGCGAGUGCCUCACGUUCCGUGCACCUUCUCCUCCUCCUCCACCACCUCCACCUCCUCCUCCUCCUUUGUCUGCGUUCGUCGUUCCAGAUUUUUGGGUCUCGCCAGCCACAGAUUGUCGUCGCUCUCGCUCCUAUCUGGUACGGCUCGAUCCGUGGCCUGUUCAGAUUGAUCGGGACUGGCCGUGCUGUUGAAUCGCGAUCCUCUCGGUCACUCGGAGUGACGUCCGGUUUACAGACUUAGCUCAGUUGGUUGUUUGCUCAUGGAAGAGGAGGCGCCUUCUAGCCUUUUCGUAAAUGAUGGUUCGUUCAUGGAGAGGUUCAAACAGCUUCAACAAGAGAAAGCAAAGGAUACAAGUGCCCCAUCGGGAGAUCCUAAACAGAGUUCGGUUGUAUCCAGAUCUUCGAACCCUAGUGCUGCCAAAACACCUUUGGAUGGCAAGGCUAAUAAUUCUGGAAAGUCCGGUCAGCCUUUGUCCGGUGGUAAACUUGCAUUCAGCUUGAAACAGAAGUCAAAGCUUGUUGCACCUCCAGUUAAGUUAGCUGCAGAUGAGGAUGAAGAUGAUGCUGAUGCUAGGAGUCAUUUGGGUGACACGUCAGUUAAACGGCAGAAAUUAAGCAAACAAGAUGCCUAUGGGGAAUCAUCUGGACAUGAUGAUGUUGCACCACCUUCCCCAAGAGAUCCUACAGUAAAGAAAGUUGCGGACAAAUUAGCCAGUUUUGUGGCCAAAAAUGGAAGGCAUCUUGAAGACAUGUCUCGCCAGAAAAAUCCCGGGGAUACUCCAUUCAAGUUUUUAUUUGACAAAACCUGUGCUGAUUACAAGUACUAUGAAUACCGGCUUGCUCAGGAGGAAAAAGCCCUUUCUUUACAGAGCAAGGAACCCCAGAAAUCUCGCAAUGGCGGAGUAGUUAUACCAGAGUCAAGAUCGAAUGCUGGCUCCCAAAGGAUCAACAGCCAGGCCAACCGCUCAAAUUACCAAACUCCUGCUUCAGCAUUGUAUGAAGCUACAGAUGGUUCUGGAGUUGCUUCGGAUAGGAAUGUCGAGUCAGGUUCCACAGCAAGUGCAGAUCCUGUAGCAAUGAUGGAAUUUUACAUGAAAAAGGCUGCCCAGGAGGAGAGGAGGAGACAACCUAGACAAUCGAAAGACGAAAUGCCUCCACCUCCUUCUCUUCAAGGAACCUCCAAGAAAGGUCAUCACAUGGGCGACUUCAUUCCUCCAGAAGAGCUUGAAAGGUUUUUGGCUUCAUGUAAUGAUGCCUCUGCCCAAAGGACUGCUAGAGAGGCUGCUGAAAGGGCCAGGAUUCAGGCUGAUAAUGUUGGCCAUAAGCUUUUGUCAAAAAUGGGGUGGAAAGAAGGUGAGGGUCUUGGAAGCUCCAGAAGUGGUAUUGCUGAUCCAAUCAUGGCUGGUGAAGUGAAGAAAAACAAUUUGGGCGUUGGUGCUCAGAAUCCUGGAGAGGUGGCGCCAGAAGAUGAUAUAUAUGAGCAGUAUAAAAAGAGGAUGAUGCUCGGAUAUCGAUACCGACCAAACCCUCUGAAUAAUCCUCGAAAAGCAUACUACUGAACAAGUUCAGUCUUACCUCUUUGCAAAGACUGGUGGAUAUUGUUACAGUUGUCCGGAGCUUUCGGGAUAGAGAU